AGAGGCUGUAGUUUCUGCAGCCAGUCACAGUAGAGCUGCUGUAGCUGCCAGACUCUCAGAUUACAGCCGGGAGCUGCUCCAGCAUCGGGCUCCGUGGAGAAGCUCCAGGCUCCAGCCUUCAUCAUCUGCGCGCAGAUCGCUCGUCCUCCAGCCCGCAGCGUGCCACAUCACUCGGGCUCCACUAUGCUCAGAGCCUCGCUGAUUCUGAGCUUCCUGGCUGCUGGAUUCUGCGCCCCACCGCCCUGCAAACCUGGCGAAGAAACCUUAGGAAGAUGCCAAAGACCAGUGGAAAACAACCCACAGUGUACAGAAAUGGUACUGGGCUACUGCCAGGAUGUUCCCUACCAGCGGACCAUGUUUCCCAACAUCGUGGGCCAGCAGACCCGCCACGAAGUGGAAAUGAGCGCCGAGUAUCUUCUGCUGAGUGUGAUCCACGGCCUCCUCAACGGCGAGUGCUCUCCUGACCUGCGGAUCCUCGGCUGCUCCAUCCUGGCACCGCGCUGCAGAGGCAACACUGUGAUGAAGCCGUGCCGCAGCUCAUGUGAGAUUAUCAAGAGAAACUGUGCUCAUGCCUUCGAGGCCAUUAACAUGGCCUGGCCCUACUUCCUGGACUGUGAUCGCUUCUUUGUCGGGGACGAGGAGGGCUGCUAUGAUCCGCUGUCUGCCCUGAGAGCUAGGCAAGAGGUCACCCUUGCCAACCUCACAGAUGGUGGACAGUCCACCAUUCUGCAGUUCACCUACCACUCCAAUGCUCAGAUGAUCAACAUCCUGAAAAAGACAGCAGCCAAGUGUCCCCACAUCUCCAGAACCUACAGCAUCGGCCGCAGUGUGGAUGGCAAGGACCUGCUGGUUAUCGAGUUCUCCAAAAACCCUGGACAACAUGACCUAUUGGAGCCAGAGAUUAAACUGAUUGGGAACAUGCAUGGAAAUGAAGUGCUGGGCCGGCAGCUGCUGAUUUACCUGGCUCAGUACCUGUGCUCCGAGUACCUGCUGGCCAACGAACGCAUCCAGACUCUCAUCAACAACACCCGCAUCCACCUACUGCCCUCCAUGAACCCGGACGGCUACGAGCUCGCCGCCUCUGAGGUAGCUGACAGCCUCGACCCUGAAAACACCAACCAGGAAGGUCAUAUCUAUAAUGGCUGGACCAGUGGCAGAGCCAACGCCCAGAACAUUGAUUUGAACCGCAACUUUCCUGACCUGACCUCCAUCUUCUACAACCGCCGGCGCUUCAGGAGCGUCCGCAAUGACCAUAUCCCCAUCCCUGACUCCUACUGGAUAAGUAAGGUGGCUCCAGAGACGUAUGCUGUGAUGAAGUGGAUCAGGUCCAUUCCGUUUGUGAUCUCAGCCAGUCUGCAUGGAGGAGAGCUGGUCAUCUCGUACCCCUUUGACUUCUCCAGACACCCAGAGGAGGAGAAGAUGUUUUCUCCCACACCUGAUGAGCAGGUUUUUAAGCAGUUGGCUCGGACCUACGCAGACGCUCAUGCCACCAUGUCCAACAAUGACACAGACAGAUGUGGAGCAUCAUUUGCCAACAAAGGAGGCAUCAUCAAUGGAGCUCUGUGGUACAGCUUUGCUGGAGGUAUGUCAGAUUUUAACUACCUGCACAGUAACUGUUUGGAGCUGACUGUGGAGCUGGGCUGUGAUAAGUUCCCUGCAGAAGAGGAGCUCUAUCCAGAGUGGCUGAGAAAUAAGGAGGCUCUGCUCAGCUUCAUGGAGUCUGUCCACAGAGGUAUAAGGGGCAUUGUGAAAGACGGGAACGGGAACGGAAUCAAAGGAGCCAUCAUAUCUGUUAAAGGGUUACGGCGCGAUGUCACCACAGCUGAAGAUGGAGAUUACUGGCGGCUGCUGGUUCCAGGCAUCUACGUGAUCAGCGCCUCUGCUCCAGGCUACUCUAAAGUAACCAAGCGCAUCAGACUGCCUCACAGCAUGCAGAAGGUGGGCCAGGUGGACUUUGUUCUGAAGAAAGUGCCCGUGGACCCGGACCUCGACUACCUAAACAUCCCUGAACUGGAUAACUACGAGCGCUUCGACCCCUACAACCAGUUUGAGCAGUACAGCCAGCGGGAGCUGGGCGAGAACGGAGAGGAACGGACCGAGAAGCCCUGGUGGUGGGCUUACUUCAGCCAGCUGGGCGUCUCCACACCCACCUGGCUUCUGAGGAACUAUUAGAACCUGCUUGAAUUUGCUGGAGAGAAGCUUUAAUCUGAACCACCCUAAGCCCAGUCACUGCACUUUAACUUUAGCUUUAAAUCACUCUAUACAGUACAGUACGGCACCAAUCAGAAUAUUAACUUUUGUAUUUUGGGUAAAGUGUGGCUUUAAUGAAGUCAUGUCACUUAUAAAUGUACAGUAUACAAUAUAUAUCUAGUUAAUAUGUACGAGGGUAUGGCUUGAUUUGGAACUACACCUCAUAAAAACACACCCCCAUAUUUGUAGAAAAUUUUAAAAUGGCAGCUCGACAACUGUUUGGCUAGGGUGAAUGAGGCAAAUUAAUUAUUAGAUUAGUGUUGUAAUAUGACCAAUUUUAUCAGGGUAGAAAAUUAUAAUGUAAAUUUAUUCUCUGUAUGUUUUUUUGUUCUUUCGAAGUAAACCACUGUACGAAUGAACCUUUUUACCUGCAGUUGCACAUGAACUAGUGUGUAUUACAUUAGAUCAUGGUAAAUCAAUCCUCCAUCAAUCCUUUUAUUGAAGGAUUGUGCGAUUUUGUAUUAGAUACGUCUCUUUUUUACUGCAUUGUAUUAUUUGUAUUGGAAAUUAAUACACUAUACAUCAUGUGUUGCAUUCCUGGACAGAAAUUAUAUUUAUUUUAAUUUUAGGCUUUACUUAAACCUAAAACCCUGACCUAUAACAACUGUGGUCUGUAUUGGAAUAUGAGUAGAUGGUCAUGGACCAGUGGACCAAUAGAAAUUCUCCAAAAUUACCUGAAAUAAACUCUUGUUACAUUGA